UCGCCCCUGCUUGGCCUUUGCCUCCCACCCAAAGAUGGACGUUGUGAGUUCAAUAAUCUGCUCCUUGAUGAGGGAACUCGUGGAGAUUAUUAAACAUGGACCAUCAGAUGAACAUGCGAGCCACCAGGAAUCGAUGGGGCACAGUCUGAAACCUGAGCUAUUUGAAAUAUCUGGAUCCACUUGGUUUAGAGAGGAUUGGAAAAUAUCUGGUCCCCGAAAAUAUUUGCUGCUACUGGCAACUUUGGCAAUAACCAUAACCUACCAAGUUGGUCUGAAUCCCCCAGGGGGACUUUGGGCAAACACUGAAUCGGGACAAAGCAGGAGACAAGGAAGCAACAAGCUGAAAGAUGUACCAGGGAAGGGGAGCUGGACACUUUUCUCAUGCAGGGUAGUAGUAGCAUUUUGGUAUACCUGGCAAAAUCUGCUUGAAGACCAAGUGGGGAAUCGGACAAUUAUCUUAGUCACGGUUAUAGUAUGUCUUGUGUGUACCUUUGUGAUUAUGUUUAAAGCCCAAGCGGAUCGCAACCUUGCAAGCGCCUCGAGAGACUCUGAAUUGCUUUCCGUGACAAGUUAUAAGGAGACGAUUGAACCGGAAAAUACCAGUUGCUCCGACUGCAUGGCCGCCUGUAUUGCCGUAGCUAAAAUCCCAGCUACUUGGCUUGUCGGGUCUGCCUCUACACACCAUGCCACAGGAAACCGUGCACUCCUCUCUGGCUUCAAAAGUGUAGAUGGCCUCAACAUCCAUACGGGUGAUGGCGUGCGCAUGCCGGUCUGUGGACGUGGCUGCGUGAUUACGGAUGCGGUGGUUCUUCCCAACGUGUUGUUCGUGCCGGGGCUGAAAAAGAACAUUGUCUCAGUAAGUCAGCUCACUCAGCUUGGCUGCAGCAUUGUAUUCAAGCGUGACGCCUGCUAUAUCUCGGGUGCCACUGAUGGUACUACUAUUGGCAAAGCGCUUGUCGGAGAAAAUGGGAUGUUUAAGCUGGAAUUCCUCAAAGUCCCGCUUGUCAACUAGCCUGCCUUGGCCCUUUUCUGAUUCUGGGAGCCCCAUUUACGGUAAAAAAAUAUUUGUAAUUAUCUAGAUCUAAAUGAAUCUAUCAUUUAGAUUGUUUGUGUAUUUUACUAUUACAUCAUAUGAUAAUUUCCGCCUGUGAGGGAUGGAGUCCCUAUUAAGAAUAAAUACAUUC